UUGUUGUUUGAAGGAUAAAAUUAGUAUUACAAUGGAAGAACAUCGAAGAUUUUCCUGCAUGACCGUAAAGGAACACGAUAUAUAUGAAUUAAAAGAGAAAAUGAAGUCAAUGGCCAAAAGUUCAUCGACAGAGAUAAUCAUGAAUGACGAGUCAUCGCCGACACAAAGAAAAUCAGGAAUCUUUAGUCGGAUGAAAAAGAAGCUUGCAAUGAAUUCUAGUCUUUCCAGCGUUCAGUCCUCAUCUUCCAUAGGGAGCGGCAUCGAUGCUCUCGGUGCAUCACCAUUCGAAAACUAUCUUGAUUUAUCUUCUGAUAGCUCCAGCGAAGAAGAAGAUUGUCACGUGACUGAAAAUCCAGAUGGUCACGUGAACGCAAUUUUCACAUUUGAUAACGAUUCUUACCUUCGUGCAAAUUUGGUAAAAAUUUUCGGAUGUGAGGGUAAACAGAAAGGUUGUUUCAAAGAUGCAACUGAUGUGCAGAGUUUGGGCAGGGGAAAGUGUAUAGUGACCGACAUGAUCAAUGGACGAAUUUCGACCUUCAACCGAGAAGGGCGACCCAAAAUCAUAAGAUGCAGCUGGGUACUGAAAGAGCCCUGGGCCACAGCUGUAAUCUCAGAGAAUAAAAUCGCUGUCACAUCUAGAAAAGACAAAAAUGUAUCAAUUAUUUCAAUGCAUGGUGAUGUUCUGUUCUCUUUUGGAAGCAACUUCUUUCAGUGCCCUUGUGGUGUAGCGGUAGAUAAAAUUGGUCGUUUUAUAGUAUCUGAUGUGUUAUCUAAUGACGUGUCUGUCUUUUCUCCUGAGGGAAAAUGGUUGUUUAAUCUUGGAGACCCAUUGUCACCUAUUCAACAGUUCAAAUCCCCCCGCUAUGUACAUAUCAACAUCAAUGGCGAUAUUAUUGUGUCUGACUCUGGAAAUCAUUGCGUCAAAGUCUUUAAUGAACAUGGUAACUUCAAAUUCUCAUUUGGACAAUUUGGUCGACAGGAAGGAGCAUUUAAGUCUCCUUAUGGAGUGACAUCUGAUGGAGAAGGAAACAUCAUUGUUGCAGAUCAUUAUAAUGAUCGUGUUGCAUUAUUCUCAAGCAAGGGGGAAUUCCUAAGGAACCUUGUUUCAGCGGAAGACGGGUUGUUGCAUCCACAGGGGGUAGGACUAUCUAGUGACAUGCAUUUGUUUGUCACUCAUGGAAAAAUGAAAGCUACAGAAGUAAUAGUUUAUUCAUUUAAUGACAAUCAUAACGAAGUCUCUUGACUUUUAAAACUUUUA